AAAAAAACGCUGCGAUUUGUUUUAGGUACAUUUCAGAAGCCAACACCAAGAACCGAAAACAUAAACCAAAUCUAAAAUCUCUUCUGGGUUUUGAAUAUUCAAUCACAUGGAUACGGCGAAGAAGAGCGUUGUGCUUGUCUUUACAGACGAUCAAGCUUUUUGUGUGAGUUCGAUUUUUAAUGCAACGAGAGAGCUCAGGGAUGAAGCAGAGGAAUACUGUGAUCCUCACAUUAUCACUGAAGCAUCUUCAAUAAGUCAGUUGCCAAUGGAGUCCAACUCUCUUGACCUUGUUAUAUCUAUUAGUACUUCACCUGAAUUUCCUGAUGAUCGGGUGCUUGGCGAAAGUUCGAGAGUUCUGAAACCCAGUGGAACAAUCUUGCUUUACAAGAAAUUUAAGUCUGAGGAAGGGAAUGCCGUUAAGGCAUUCUCGGCUCUUGAGCUCAAGUUAUUGUUAGCCGGAUUUGUAGAUGCAGUUUGUCUCGACCUAAAAUCAGUUGUAGCAGCUGAAAAUGUUCACUCGUUUGGGGUGAGCUUCUAUUGUCACCUGUGUGGAUUAGGGGAUGUUUUUCGAUGCAGCACAUGCCCUUGCAAGGGUCUUCCUCCAUUCAAACUGGGGGAGAAGGUAUGUCGAUGUAACCAGAUUCCUCCUAUGCGGGACACUGAAAAUUUGGAAAAACAAAAAGUAUAUAUAUAAUUUCCAGAAAAAAAA